CGGUGAUGUCUUCUUCCUCUUUCUCUCUGUUGGAUCUUAGAAGUUCUUCUCCUUUCUUCUUCGUUUGACCAUCGUCAGAAAUCCAUAUGUCGCAGAUAUAAUAAACCAUUCUCAAAUUGGAUCAAAUGCAUGCGGAGGAGAAGCCUGUUGCCGGAAUCGAAGAAGACAGAAUAAGCAAAUUACCAGAUCCAUUGUUAUGUCAGAUACUCUCCAAUCUCUCCACAAAGGAUGUGGUUAGGACAAGCGUUUUAUCCACCAGAUGGAGGACCCUCUGGUUACAUGUUCCUGACUUGGAUUUGGACACCCACGAUUUCCCGGAUGACGAUACAUUUUCCCGAUUCGUCGAUAAGUUUCUCGAUACCGACAGUGACUCGCCGUUAUAUAGCUUCAGGUUAAGGUACGAUGCGAGCGAACACGAUGCUUCACGUUUCAGGUCAUGGAUCGACAAAGCGGUUAAACGAAAACUUCAGGGUCUCGACGUUCAGAGCUUUAUAGAUGACGAUGAAGCUGUCAAGAUGCCUCCAAGCCUUAAUAUGUGCCAGACAUUGGUAUGCUUGAAACUGAGUCAGGUCGUCUUGACCAGUUCAGAGGCCGUCUCUUUACCUUGUCUCAAGCUAAUGCGUUUGGACGGAGUUAAGUACGUCGAUGAUGCGGCUUUCGAGACCCUCAUCUCGAGCUGUCCUGUCCUUGAAGAUUUAUCCAUGACUCGGAUUGUUUAUGAUAACGUAAAAGUUUUGCGUGUCCGUUCUCCGACGCUAAAGAGCUUUGCUUUAUUAGAGUUCGACCGUUAUAAAGACGGGAAAGAUUGCGGAGUUGUGGUGGAUGCGCCUAAAAUCGAGUAUCUGACCCUCAGGGAUCAUCAGUCCGAAAUCUUUACAGUGAAGGGUUUGGGUUCAAAUGUCGAGCUCGAUGUUAAUAUCAUCUUUAAUGUGGAUUACGGAGAAGAGUUGGAUCCCGACGACCUAUCAAAAAGUACCAUCCGUGACUUUCUCACGAGCAUUUCGGGUAUCGGUCGUCUUAUCAUUUCUUGGGAAACUAUAGAGGUGAGUUCACAUUUGAACUUCCGGAUUCCAUUCUGUGAAAUCAGUCUUAACCAUUUCAUUUCCUUGCUUCUUGGCGGCAGAUCUUGUAUCAGUACUAAAUCGGAGCAGUUGCCACAAUUCUCUAACUUAACUCAUUUGAAUGCGAGGUUCGCUCACUUAUGGUGGGAAACGAUGCCGACUUUCCUCGAGGCCUGCCCGAAUCUGAAAUCCCUCGUCGUGGGAUUUGAUCUGUUCCCGGAGACGGAGGGAAUUCCGCUUUCGUCAAGGCCUCGGUGUUUUGUAUCGACCCUCGAGUCCGUCGAUAUAAGAAUGCCGAUCACAGGAAAGACGACAACAGAAAUGAAACUGGUAAGGUACUUUCUAGAGAAUGCAGAGUGUCUGAAGAAACUUACUCUGUGUUUGAGUCGUUGUCCUAGAUUCAAAGAAGAGUCUGAAAUCCUCGAGGAACUCCGUGCUCUUCCAAGACGCUCUGGCUCCUGUGAAGUUGUCAUCCGUUAAAACAUGUAGUACUAGGUUUUGUCCUCCGGAAACUUCUGGAAACUGUCAAAGACACGUGACUGAAACUGUGCUAAGCUCCUUGUUAGGUAAAAGGCUCUCAGAUCUCUGUGUCCGUACGUGCAAGAAUGAUAUCCAGUCGUUUUAACGAGUUCAGGUUCCGUGA